AUGGAUGAAGCUGUUUCAUAUCAAUUCGCUCAAGUGAAGCAGCGACGUGAAGGUAGACAUGAAAUUGAUUACGAACUUAUCUUACGGCAACAACCUAAACAAUCAAGGAUGUGUGGUAUUGGUGAGAAAGCUGAUAGAAGACCAAUCGAUCCUCCUCCAAUAAUUCAGCUUAAAGUAUAUGAUGGCAGUAUAUCACAAACAGAAAAAAGUAAUUCAUUUCUCCAGAAUCCAUACUUUUUUAUGUACGCUUCGCUGGUGGCCCCCGAUACCGAGGAAGAAUUACAUUUACUUCGUGAUGGGAAAACUCGUUCUACUACUGGCUCAGUGGUUUCGUCUCUUUACCAUCUAAAAGAUAUCGAUAAUUCGGAUGCGGGUUUUUUUGUGUUUCCUGAUUUGUCGGUACGCAUGGAAGGAACAUAUCGACUGAAAUUAAGUCUAUUCGAGAUAAUUGGUCACGGCACCUCCACCAGGCGAGAAGUGUUUCAUUGUAAAUCGAUACUUUCUGAGAUUUUCAUUGUAUACUCGGCCAAAAGAUUUCCCGGUAUGGAAGAAUCAACAUUUUUAUCACGUUCUUUCGCCGAUCAAGGCUUGAAAAUCCGGAUACGUAAAGAAAUUAGAAUUCGCAGAAGAAUUCAAAAGAGAAAAGAAAUAGAGCCAGCAGAGAGUGCCGAAAGUAGCCAAGCAAAAAGACCUCGUGGUGAGGGUGAAAACGAAGGAGAAGAUACCGAGUCGACGGAUGAAGAAAUGCAGGAACAUCAAAGCCCAGAAGGUAGUCAAUCAAAAAUCAGCACAGACACUUCACUGUCUAAUGAAAAGAAAAUAAAAGAACCAUUAAGUCAUAAUAGUCCUUCUUCUCCUCGAACGCGUGGUCCUUACGAUCAUAUACCACCACCUCAUCCAUAUGAUCCGGCAGCCGCCAUGUAUGGAAGUUAUGGAAGACCUCAUCCUUGGCAUGAUAUGGGAGAACACCCGCCACCACAUUAUCCACCCUAUUAUGAUCCAUAUGACAGGCAUUAUAUGUAUAGUCCGUAUGCAUAUUAUCCCCCAAUUCCUCCAAUAACUGAAGGUUCUGAACAUCAUCGUUAUCCGUAUCCUCCCCAUCUUUACGCAAGGCCACCAAUGUAUCCGAGUUAUUAUGAUUCAUCGAGGAUGCAACAUUCAACAUCCGAUUCACAGAAUAGUAGUAAAUCACCUUAUCCAUAUGAUGCAACAAAUCCAUACCCUGGUUACCCACGUGUUCCAGGUCCUUGGGCACAUUAUGGUGAACGACCUUCGUCAAAAGAAGAUUCAACGUUACCUCAUUUUCGGGCUGCUGGACCUUUAACGCCUCGUCCAGUACCUGCAAUGUACCCAUAUCAUCCAGAAUAUUAUGGUCCACCUUAUUUACCGCCAUUACCUCUUUCAAUACCACCUCAUGGUUCACCUACUAAAACGGAAUAUGGAAAUCAAUCAAGUGAUCAUAAUUUUGGUGUUCCUUCGGGUGGUCCAAUGCCAGCGAAAAUACCGAUACAGAAUUUAAUUGAAUCCUCGGAAAAUAACUCUCAAAAUAAUGAACGUAGUCUUAUUACUAGUAGUAAAUCUUCGCCACGAUCAUAUGGGCCAACUAGUUUUGUUCAUCCACAUUAUGCUCCACCCCGUAUGUCAGAUUAUUCACCACAAUAUCCUCCGCGAAUGCCUUACGAAUCUCCGUAUUCAAUUCCUCCUGAAUAUUCUUCCCCCUAUCUCUUCCACACUCCUACAAAAAAUACUACAAACACACAUAAAAGUCCAUCCAAAAAGACUUCAUUAUCACCACAACUUUCUUCCGAAACUCCUGUAAAACAUAAUGAAGAAUCAUCCGCUACGAAUUUGUCGCCAUCUGGGUCGGAUCCACAACAACAAAAUGAAACGCCCAGUCGACAAGUGGGAUCCAAACAAGGCACAAUAGAAUAUGGAACUAGUAAUCCUUUUGAUACUGCAAAUCGUCAGGGUUUUCAAGGUGAGACUUUUCCCGUAAACCCAGAAGCAAAUAUAUCACCUACUCCAUAUAGCAACACAUUAAUUCCAACUUCAAGACGUCAAUCAAUCCCAAUACCUUCAUUAAACCCUUUGAGCCUGAGCGAUCGUUCUGUUGCAACCGGUACACCUACCGGAUCAACAACACAAAUUCGUGGAUCCUUGAAUGCCAAUAAUGCAAAUAACACGCCAGCACAUAUUGCUACUAAUAAUAACAAUAAUUCCACAAGCACUUUUGGAUUCGAUAAUUCUCUUUCAUCAAGACGUCUGGACACAAUAGACAUUGAUAAGAAUUCCGCUAGUGUUAGCAACAAUAACAAUAACAACAUUGGUGGGAGAAAUGAUAGAUUUUCUUCAAAGAGUGAAUUAGAAAAACAUGCGCAUGGAGACGAGCGGUGA